UUAUAAAGAGGCACUUAAGAAUAUAAAAAAAAAUGCUUUAAAAAUUCAAAAUGUUGUUUGUGAAAUUGUACUACUGGUGUUUAUUAAAUUUUAAAUAUUUCUACUUAUAGAAUUUCAUAUUUUCGUUUUUAAAAAAAAUUAUUAAGUUUAAUAAAAAAAAUAAAAGCAAAAAAGAAAAAAAAAAUUUUUUUUGUUAGGUUAUGUUGAGUUUUUUUUUUUUGUCCUCCUUGCAAUUUUAAUUUUUAUUUAAAAAAAAGGAUAUCAUAUAUUUUAUAUUGGAUUAAAGAGAAGAAUAUUAAUAAUUAAAAGACAACAAAAAAAAAAAAUAGAGAGAAUACGGAAAAUAAUUACAAAUAAUUAAAUCAGAUUGCAGUAAUCUACCUCUAAUUAUUGGUGCAACACACUUUUUACAAAAUUACAUUUUAAAAUAUGAUUGAAAAAUUGGGAAACUGCGACAAAACUCUUUGACAAUUUUUGGUUUCUUUAUUUUCUUUUUUUAUUUUAUAAUAAAAUAUUAUCAUAAAAUGUUACAAAUUGCAAUAAAUUAACAAAGAGAAAUAAUUAAAAAAAAAAAAACUCAGAAUAAGAACAAAAAAGAAUAAAGUAUCAAGAGAAGUAAAAAUAAAAAAAGUAUAAAAUUAAAAAAAAAAAAUAAAAAAUUGCGACGAAAAAAAAAAAAAAGAAUUUUUCAAAAUAAACAUAAGCACAAAUUUGGAGAUGAAUGAUACAAUUAACAUAAACGCAUCAUCAUCAUCAUCAUCAUCACAGCAGCAACAACAACAACAAACACAGCAACGACAACAGUUACAAUCGCAACAGCAACAACAACAGCAUUCUGAAGAUAGUGAAGAAUUAUUAGUUACUUCGACAUCAUCAUCAACAACACCCCCUAAUAAUUUAACAACAAAUGCAAUUUAUCCAACAUCAGUUAUAGCUUCAUCAUCAACUUCACCAAAUUCUUCAUCAUCGUCGCCUUUUUCAAAUACAAAUACCCCGGUUGGAAUAAGUACGGGUGCAUCUCCAACUUCAUCAUCAGCGAUUGUACCUGUUUCAAGACCAUUCAAUCAACCAUCUGAAACAGAAUCAUCUGGUGGUGAAUCUGGAGGUGAAAAUAGUCCACCAUUAACAGCUAAUUCAACAGCUGGUGCAUCGAUAGCCAUAUCACCGUCAACGUCGUCAGCUGGUUUUUGUCAAAUUGUUUCUAGUAGUACAGAAAAUAUUUCACCAUCAAAAACUACAUCAUUAGUUAAUUACGAUAUAGAUAGUGAAGAUGAAUUUGAUGAAGACGAUGAAUAUUUAGAAGAAAUUGAACAACAGCAACAUCGUCAACAACAAUCAAAAAUGGUUAAUUCAACAAAUACUGUUUCUGAUUCUGGGGAACUUUGCGUAUUACCAUCAAGUUCUAGUAGUAGCAGUUAUGAUAAAUCAAAGGAAAAUCCCAAUAUAAGUCCGCCAAAUAUGAAUACACCACGAUUAAGUGGGCUAACAACGAGAUCAACAAGGCGAAAAUUAGAAAUUGAAUCGAUGGGAAGCCCUAAUUCUUCACAUCUAGGAUCUAGAAAUUUAAAUAUUUUAAAAAAUCAAGUGCAACCCCCAUCAAUAAUUAUUAAAAAAACUUCCUCAAAUACACCCUCAAAUCAACAAAAUAUUGGUUCUUUAAUUGCUUCAUCUUCUUCAUCAACAAUAGCGACAGCAACAUCAUCUCCUUCUACUUCCUUUACUUCAACUUCAUAUUCUUCAAGUAGUAUUAAUUUAAUGAAAAGUGAUAAUUUAUUAAAUAGCAGUAGUAAUCGUUUAGGAAUUAGUAAUGAUAAUGAACAAUCGCAACAAAUUGAUAGUAGAUUAAUUAAUAAUAAUAAUAACAAUAAUAAUAAUAGUAAUAAUAACAAUAGUAAUAAUAAUAUCAAUAAUAAUAACAAUAAUAAUAUAAGUAAUAACAGUAGUAAUGGAUCAACGUCUUGUUUAAGUGGUGUAACAAAUUGUAUUAGUAAUAGUAAUAAUAAUAAUACUAGCGGUCAAAAUAGCAGCACCAGCAGUAACAGUAGCAGCAUUAUAACGCCUGCGAAAAUAUCUAUUAAAAUUGCAAAUAAAUACAAUUUUAUAAACUCCAAUUUAGAAUCUCAACAAAAUUCAACAACAAAAUCGAAAAUAAAUUCAAAUGAAUUUAAUAGUAGUAGUAAUAUAAAUUAUACUAGUAACCUUACACAAUCUACACUGUCGUCAUCACAUUCAACGUUAAAUUGUAAUAACUCCAACGAUUCGACAAAUGUUGAACAACGUAAGGUGGAACCAUUAAAAAUAAAUUUAAAUCGUCAUGAUUCACCAAUUCCUAAAAUUACAAUAAAACCAAUAGUUAAGCCAUCUGCCGAUGAUGAAUCAAAUUCCACAGAGCUUUCUUGUAACCUCAGUGCAAAUAAUACUAGUAGUAGCAUAUUGAAUUGUUCUUCAAAUAAUGUUCCAAUACCAAAGCUUACUAUUAAACAAUCAUCAUCCUCAACUGAGGCAAAUUGUUCAAAUGUGGUAAUACCGAAUGCAUUAAGUACAACAUCAACUACAUCAACAAUAUUGUCGGAACCUCAUAUUGUACCAAAGCUUACUAUAAAAACGUCGUCAAGUGAUAUUAGUGGCAAUCCAGUACAGUCAGUGAUUGUUCCGAAACUGACUAUUAAAAUGGAUAACACUGGUGGUAUUGCUGGUACUGGCAAUGUAUCUAAUAUUAAUCGCAUUGAACAAGGAUCCUCAUCAUCACGAUCUUCUUCAACAAGUCCAAGUUGUUCUUCAAGGUCUUCACCGUCACCAACCCAAGAACGACAUAAUAUUGUAAAAGGUGAAGUGAAUAAGAAAACCUGUGAAGAAAUGCCACCAUUGCCUAAAUUAACAAUAAAAACUACUGGCGAUUGCGUUGAAACCAUAAUUGCAAAAGUUCCAAUUCAAGAAAACCAGGAGCAGCAACAGCAAAAGCCGCAUGAAGAGCAACAACAGCCACAACAAUCACAACAUUUACAAGAGUGCCAUAUUGUUGCUAAUACAUUAUCACCUACAAGCGUUCCAAAAUUAACUAUUAAAACUUAUACAAAACCGUCAUCAUCAUCGUCAACAAUAAUAUCAAGUUGCAGUACCCCUACAUUAAAUGCUAUUUUAAGCCAAAGCGAUGGCAGCAUCGUCCCCAAACUUACCAUCAAGCCAAUAUUGCAACCGAAUAUUGAAGAGAAUAUUGAAGCAGUUAUACCCAAAAUAACCAUUAAAGCGAACCCCGCUUCGGGACACCACAGUACCGAUUCAACUACCACCGUGUAUUCUUCAGAACUGCACUCAAAGAAAAGUUUAUCUGGAAAUUCAACAUCCUCUAGCUCUAAAGAGCCGCAGUCAAUACCAAAAUUAACUAUUCGUGCAAAAUCAGUGUCCACAACUGCAUCAUUAGAAUCAACUGUUGUCGAUGAGAACAUCGAAGAUAAAACACCAAAAUUUUCCAUUAAGCAUACAAGUCAUUUGGAUAAUAGCCAAACAAUUCCAAAACUAACAAUCCAUGUUAACGAAUCAUCUUCUGGAUUGUAUACUUCUGCUGCACCACAUGAGAGCAGCAGUAGUAACAGUAUGUCAAAUGUCACAUCAAAUGAACGCGUUGUACCAAAAAUAAAAAUUAAUCUGCAAGAAAAAACAACAUCAAGAGUAGAUGGUCAAGAUCAUGUUAUUUUAGAAGAAGGAAACGGCAGUAUUAAUAAAGCACUUCCUAAAAAAAUCUUAAAAUCAUCUCAAUUAGAAUCAAAUAACAUACCAAAACAUGGUUCUGAGAAUGAUAAAACAAUUCCAAAAUUAACUAUUAUUAGUUCUGGAAAUCAAGCGUCAGUAAUCGCGGAAAACACAACUUCAGCAAUUUCUGAUUCAGUAAAUAUUUCUGAAAAAAUUCCAAAACUCGUUAUAAAACAAUCCACGUCGGAAACCGCAGGUAUAAUUGGGAAUCAAAUUUCAGAUGAAGUUGAUAAAUCUACAUCAAAAUUAAUAAUUAAAGAUAUACAGUUCUGUGAAAAUGAAAAUGUGCCUCAAUUAAAUGAUCGUAGUAUUCCAAAAGUUAUGCUUAGAGAUAUAAGAAUAGAAAGAAAUAAGAAAGAUUUGGCAAAAUCUAAAAAUAGUAGUGGCAGUCCUUUAUCAGAAAAAAAAUUAAAAACUCAGACAAAAAUAAAAUUAUCAUCCAAUAAGAGAUUGUCUCCAACUUUAGAAUUUUUAAAUACAGAUUGCUCGACGAGCCAAGACAAUAGUAACAUUUGUAUUAGAAAUAAUUGUCAACCAAGUUUGGAAAAUGACUGUAUUUUGAUUGGUAAUAAAAAUGAAUUAAAAUCAACAGAUGUUUCUAUUAAAAAUGUGGAAAACAAUAUAAUGAGUUCAAAUAGAUUACAAGACUGUGUUCAAAAUAAUUUAGAUGCGGUCCCUAUCAAAAUCGAUGAUGGUAAUCAAAUAUUAAAUAGACAAUCCCAAGAAUUGUCAAAUAAACCACAUCAGGAAUUAUUAGAAACAGUAGAUUUAACAGAUACACCAUCACCAGGGUCAUCCCCAAAUCCCCAACAUAAUAAUUUAAACCAAGAUAAUUAUAAUACUUCAAAGAGGUUAAAUAAUCAAUUGCUUUAUGACAUAUUGAAAGGCACCAAACAUGACGGGAACAUUGAAAAAUGUCGUGGUAAUAAUUAUGGGCACAUUUUAAAUGGUCAACAUGCAGUUGAAAGUGAACGAAACAAGUUAGAUGAUAUAUUAAUGCAAAAUGAAAUGACAAAUGACAGUAAUAGUUUCAUAGUCAAUCAUUUCCAAGGUAAUCAAAAUUGCAUUGAUGGAGACGUUGUACUUCAAAAUGAUAGUAUACAAAAUGCUAAAGAGUCAAACCGUUGCCCGUCAAGCUCAAUGAAAAGAAAACCGGACGGAAUGUUUUCAGAAUCAGGGAAUAAUGGCGAUUGUACAAAUGAAAUACCAUAUAAAAGAACAAAAGACAACUUAAUAGGUGCUAACCAAAUAAUAGAAACUUCAACGACCUCACUUUCAUCAUUUGAAGUUUGUUUGAAAAUGACCCCUACAAAUUGUCUAACAAGUAUGAAUAAUAUUACCGACACAAUUAGUUUGCCAGAUUCUGAAUCAGAUAACAUUAUGCUUUGUGAUACAGGAGCCAACUCUUUGGACGGUACAAAAUUUUGUACUGUUACAGAUUUUGAGUCUAUUGAAUCAAUAGAUGAAGAUGAUGAAGUUGUUGAAAUUGUUUCGCAGGAGGGUAAACCAUCAGGUGAAGAAAAACCACAAUUAGGGCAACAAAAUUUGCAAAAUACUUUACAAGAUAAUAAGUUGAAUAAUAAUAAAAUAAAAGAUAUAGUUGAUCUAACUGAUGAAAUAUGUAGCACAAAAGAGUCCGUUAUUCUGAAUAGCAAAAAUAAAAACUUGCUAGAAGAACAAAAUAUAAUUGCAGAAAUUCAUCUUCCAUUGAAUUCUCAAAAUAUGUUUGAAUCUGAGCAAGCAAAUAGUUUAAGUGCAUCAGAUGCUAUGUUAUCAGAAAAUGCUCUGGGUGAAUGUAAUCAAAUACAAAAUUUAGUUUGCGCGGAAAAUUCUGUUCAGGAUAGACUUAAUAUAUUAUUACAGCACCAUAAUGACCAAGACUCAAAUUCAAACGAAGUACCUGAAAUCAACAUGUUAACUGUACCACCAUCAUAUAGUACGAGAAGAGGACGCGGGCGACCAAAAAAACCUAUGAUCAAAGAGAAUAGCAUUAAGCCAAAACGGAGGACUCAAGUUUCAAUGAUGUUAGAAGACGCUUUGCAUUCCCAAGUCUAUAAAGAUCGAUCCCCAACUAUUGUAGAAAACCAAGUUUGUAUUGAAGAGAAUAAUGAAACAAACAUGAUCAUUUCAAAUGAUGAUCAAUUUAACGCAAUUGUCAACGAGGUUAUUAAUGAGGAGAUUUCUAUAGAUAACCCGCAUACACCAGAAAAAAGUUGUUCUCAAGAUGAAGUAUAUCAAACUCCUCACAUAUUUGCAACACCAUUAGACUUUGGGUCUCCCAAAUCUCCAAGUAAUUUAUUUAGUGAAAGCUUUGAUAGUCAAGAUGGAAAUGAAGAAUUCUCAACACCAACCCGAAGAGGCAGAGGCCGCGGACGAGGUAAUCGUGGGUCUGCUAGAGGUGGCCGAGGUAGAGGAGGUAGAGGACGUGGCUCGCGUGGUGGACGUGGUAGACCUUUUAUAACGCCUAGGAGACCUAUUGGUGGUUUGACACAUACUCCAAACCCAAAUUUAAUUCGAGAACGAAAUUUCUCACAGGAGGGAAAGCCGAAAAAUAUCUUUGAUCAAUCUACCAUACAAGUUUUUGAAGAAGACACUCGUAUGAGCGCAGACAGUUCUAAUAUUCCAAGGCAAUCGGAGUUUCUCAAUGAUGAAAAUAGCCAAAGUUCAGUAUUAAGUAGUACUAGUAUACUAGAUCAAAGUAUUUCAAGUGUCAAGAAAAGAUCAAAAUUAGAAGUUUUAGAUCCGGAUGGUAAAACGGAGUAUCCUGUUGAAAGAAUUGCAGAAUACGAUUGGCCACCACCAAAAGGAUGUUGUCCCGAUCGCAAUAGAGAAACUUAUAUGAUACAGGAACAAAUAGCAGAGUAUUUGGGAAUAAAAAGUUUUAAACGAAAAUAUCCAGAUUUAUUCCGAAGGCAAAUUGAUAUGGAAGAACGAAAUUAUUUGCGUGACAAAGCAUUAGUUACUGAAAAAAUGUGCGAUUUAGGUAUAACAGCAGUACUAGCGUAUGAAGUUUUAGAUAUUAUGUAUUUAGAUUUCUAUGACAAAUAUGAGGAGUACAAAAAUUAUCUCAGACAAAAGCAUUUAAAAGAAAUAGAAGCUAAACAAAAAGGAUUAUCUCAUAAUAAUGUUGAUAAAUCUUUACAAAUACGCGACCGUGCUCUUCAAUCAGCAUCAAAAUGGAAUACACACUUUAACAACGAAAGAAAGGAAGAACGUAGAAUGUGUAUUGAUUUACAAACAUAUGUUAUUAAUAAACCAUUGCCAAAAACGGCAGCUGGAACAGUAGCUUGCAUGGGAAAAGUAUACCGUCCAAUUGAAAAUUUAGUACCAAAGAAACCAAUUACUCCAUAUCCAAUAGCUUUAGUACCAGGUCAAUUUGGUGAAACAUACAAAGCAUAUACACCAGCGGAUUUAAGGAAACUUCCAUUAAAUACGGUUAUUGAAUCUCCGAUAUUAGCAAACUUUCAAAUUAAAAAUAUCAAAACUGAAAAACCAGAUUUCGAAACAAAACUGGAAACGAAGGUUGAAAAUAAUUCUUUUAAUGAUGUAGGUGAGGAACUUAAAGAUAUAAAAGAUGUCCAACUAAUAAAAACGAAUGAAAAUAAUUCAGAUGAUAGCAGUGAUUCUUCUGAAAGUGAAAGCUCUGAUUCAGAAACUUACUCUGAUUCAGACGAUUCUGAAGAAGAUUUACCGCCAGACGGUAUUAAAUGUUCCGUUUGCCAUUUACCACAGAAUAGAAAUCUUAAGGGAAAGCCAGAAGUAUGUAUUGAAUGUUAUACUUGUAGAAGAAAAGUUCAUCCAAGUUGCAUUGAAAUGUCAACAAAUGUUUUAAAUAGGGUUUUAAGUUAUAAUUGGCAGUGUGCUGAAUGUAAAUGCUGUAUAAAAUGUAAAAGAAAUGCUGAUAGAACUAAAAUGUUAUUUUGUGAGCAAUGUGAUCGUGCUUAUCAUAUUUAUUGUAUUCAAAUUAAAACUUUACCAGAUAAACGUUGGAGUUGUGAACGUUGUGCUAUUUGUCGUCGAUGUGGUGCAACUGAUCCAUUAGGUAACCCAUCAUCUCAGUUACUAUCACCGAAUCCCCAAGUAGUUGUUAAAAAAAAUCAACGUCGCUCUACAAAAUGGGUAAAUGAAUAUCGUACUGAUCAUUUGACAAGAUUGAGAGAACAUUCAAAUAUGUUAUGUAUACCAUGUUCAAAAAUGAAAUUAAAUUCUACUACAACAUUCUUAGAUAAUAUUAAUAUAAUAGGAACAUCGACACAAUCAAAUAUCGUUAGACAAACUACAAUACAGAGUACAGGGAACACAGUAAUUUUAUCACCGCAAUUAAUGUCUCCUCCAAUUGUACCCGGAUCAACAUUUGUUAAAACUGCUAGUAAUAACCCUAACACAAUAUCUGUAACGAAUUCAACAAAUGUAUCAUCAACAACAACAACAACUUCUAUGUCAAAUUCAUAAAAUUAAAAAAUAAAUAAAUUGAAUGAAUUUAGGUAUUGAAUUUUUAAAGAGAAUUUACAAAAAAUGAAACAAAUAAAAUAAUAAAUUUAAAAUAGAAAAAUAAUUUAAGUCGUUUUUUUUUUUCAGUUUUAUUUUUUUUUUUUUUUUGUAAAAUUGAAAUUAGAUGGAAAAAAUUUUUGUAUUAGUUAUUUGUGUUAAGAAAAAUAUAAAAAAAAUUAAAAUACAUAGUUUAUAUUUGUAAUCUGCCUUUUAUUAUAAAUUGUAAGGUAAAAAAAAAAUUUAUUUUUUUUUCCUAUUUUUUUUUUUAUAUAUAUAUGCAUAGCAGUUUUCAGAAAAUAUAUUAAUGUAAAAAUUUAAAAAAAAUAAUUUCGAUGCAUUAAACUUAUUGAAAUUAAUUUUUUACAAUAUUUAUGUUCGAUUUAUUUCUAUAAUAGUUACCCAUUAAGAAACAUUAGUGAAAAAAUUAUGUUUUACAAAAAAAAAAAAGAAAUUAAAUAAACUAUUAUACUUUAUAUUAACAAUGUAUACUUCAUCAGUUGAACUUCACAUUUUCUUUUUUAUUUUUCCGCUGUUUUAAUUUUUUAUUUUUCUUCAAAAUUUACAAAUUUUCUUCUACCUAAUUUUAAUAUUUUUAUUCAAUAAAUAAUUUUACUAAACUACAAAAUAUAUUUAUUUUAUUUACUUGAAGCUGCUGUGUAAAUAAUUGAAAAAUUUUAUUAAAAAAAAAUAAAAAUAAAUAAAAAAAAAUGUAAUAAAUUUUUCAAAUAAAAUUUAUAAAAGAAAUACAUAGUAAGUAAUAAGAAUAAGUUAAAAGCGAAUUAAUUACAAUUUGUAUAAUAUUUAAAAAAAGAAAAAAUAAUAAAAUAAAAACACAAAAAAAAAAAAAACAAGGAUUAUUGAAAGAAUAUUUUAAUUUAAAAAAUUUUUUGUAUUGUUAGUAAUAAUAAUGAUUUUCGAUCUUAAUGUAGAUAGAAUUCUAAGGAUAUUCAUUAAAUAUAUAAGUACAUAAUUAUAUACAUUUAUUAUAUAUUCUGUACAAUAUAUGUAUAAUGUAAUUAACGAGGAAAAAAAAAAAACGCAAACAAAUCACACAAAUCCAUAAUGUAGUUUUUUUUUUUUUUACUGUUUUGUUUCUCUUUAAAAAUAACUAUUUUAUUAAUUAUUUUAAUUUUAAAAAUUCUUAUAUUAUUUUUUUUUA